GAUAAAGCGACGGCCGAUACUGUAUGUGGUGAACCUGAUCAUCCCCAGCGCCUUCCUCAUGAUCAUUGACAUCAUGUCCUUCUACUUGCCGCCGCACAGCGUGGAUCGAUCCUCUUUCAAAAUGACCCUUAUUCUGGGAUAUACGGUCUUUCUUCUCAUUAUGAACGACCUGCUUCCCAGCACUGCUAAUGGAACGCCUUUAAUAGGUAUCUAUUUCUCUGUGUGUCUGGCACUCAUGACCAUAAGUCUGCUGGAGACGGUCCUCAUCACCUGCGUCCUCCACCACAAUUCAAUGAAAUACAGGGAGGUGCCACAUUGGGUUCAGGUGCUGGUGAUGCGCUUCAUUGCUCGACUUAUUUGCUACAGUUUCCCUGAAGACCCUUUAGCCAAGCUAGAAGGGAAACAAGAAACCAAUCCAUGGGUCGUCCAGCCCUCACAAUCAACGUCCAGUCAACAGACAUCCACUAAUGCGUCUGGAUCCAUGACACUGGAUGUGCCUGAACUAAGACAGAUCAGUCAGGAUCUUAGAGAGAUGAACACUUAUUUGUCCAUUCUACGAAAAGAAGACCAUCUACAGAACCAGUGGUGUCAUGUGGGCUACAUCCUGGACUUCCUUCUCUUCCGCAUUUACCUGUUGAUAAUCACGGGAUACGCGCUCGUAAUCAUAUGCAUGUGGUGCAUUUGGAUGAACCAGUAGAAAGAGUUACAGGCUAGUAGAAAAGAAUGUUUACAUAGGCUUUUGGUUGUUUUCCCAUAUUCUCUACAGCAGAAAUGUAGUGAGUAGAAAUUGACCGACAUUGAUUUGUACAUUUUUCCAUAAUUAAAUAUCGGUUUUGUAAUAUCAGAUCCACCAAUAAAUGGUUA